GGACAAGAUCCAGUGGUUGGAUUCCGUUUUGGCCUGUAUAGAGAUGGCAGCAAGUGUGUGGGAAAUCCCGAUGUUAUUGAAAUAAUACCCAGCAAAAUGAAGAAAGUUGUUCAAUGUUUUGAGGAGUUCCUCAAGGAAUCCCGGAUGGCUGUGUUUGACCCGGAAUCUCACCACGGUCAUUGGCACCAGCUCACGGUGAGAACGACGCUCGGCUCACAGAUCAUGGCAGUUGUCGAGUUUCACCCUCAACACCUGUCACAGGAAGAGUUAGAUGGCGUCAAAUCCUCUCUUGUUCACUACUUUUCUGAAGGAUCUGGAAAAUCUGCCAUGAUUACCAGUCUUUACUUCCACCAGAGUCGGGCACGGUCAAUAAAAGAAGAGAAGACUUUGCCCUUUGAACACAUCCAUGGAGAGUUGCAUAUUUAUGAAGACCUGCUUGGAAUGAAAUUCAGAAUUUCUCCAGAUUCCUUUUUUCAAGUAAAUACUUUAGCUGCUGAACUGCUGUACAACCAGAUCAUUGAUUGGUGUGACAUCCAGCCAAACACGGUCGUACUCGAUAUUUGCUGCGGGACAGGAACCAUUGGCCUAUGUGUAGCAAAAAAAGCUUCAAAGGUGAUUGGCUUUGAGAUGUGCAAGCAGGCUGUUGAAGAUGCAAAAGCCAAUGCACAACUUAACGGAGUGACAAACAUAGAGUUCCACUGUGGUAAGGUAGAGGAUAUCAUCAAUGGUGUGAUGAAGACCGUACACAUGUCUCAUGUUGUUGCUAUUGUCGAUCCACCCAGAGCAGGCCUCCAUAAAUCUGUCAUCAAAGCUCUUAGAUCUUGUUCUCACUUACAGAGAAUUGUCUACGCCUCAUGCAGCCCGAAGUCAGUGAAGCCAAACUUCACAGACUUAAUCCGCAAGAAGUCAAAGAAACAUCACGGUGGGAGUUUCCUCCCGGUGAGGGCAAUCCCGGUCGACCUGUUUCCUCAGACCAGUCACUGCGAGCUUGUCGUACUCUUCGAGAGACUGACACCGACCAGCAUCAAAAUACCUAUACAGAGUGAGUCAACCAGCCCGCAGACCCUGUCUGAGACUCUCACCAUCACAAAAUCACCUACACAGAGUGAGUCAACCAACCCGCAGGCCCUGUCUGAGACUCUCACCAUCACACAGAGUGAGUCGACCAGCCAAGUAAUCCAAUCUGAGACUCUCACCAUCACCAAAAUACCUAAACAGAGUGAGUCAACCAGUGUUUUAAUUCAUCACUAGAUGUUCAAUCACUAUUGGAUGAGGGCAUUACCAAGUUGCCAAAACAACCAGACCUGUUUUAUGAGGGCAUUACCAAAUUGCCAGAACACUCUACAAUUUUACUAUGUGACAGUGAUGAAAUAAAAUAAUAUAGGACAUAAAAUUUCCAAUAUAAAGAAACACUAAAUUGAAUCAAUAAAAUGCUGUACCUUGAAUUGCUAUUUUUAAUAAGAAUUUUAAUAAAGUAUCUUGUUGUCAUCUUUGA